AUGCCUCGUUCUGUGGACUCACAUCUUAGCUUCUGGGACUUCCCAUUGACAAACCGCGGCCUUCAGACAUUCAGAGGACUCUUCUUCAUCCUGUGGCUAUCAAUAUGUCUUCUUGCUGAGUGUGAAGGCACCAAAAAGGACCUGGAAUCCAAGGUUAGAUCGCUGAAGAAGAAAUACGGAACCAAGGUGACUUUUAAUCCCCUGACAGCGUACAAAGGGCUCACCGUAUCUACAGACAAGACCUACGUGGAAUCAGGAGGCAGAAACCCAGAUGUGCCGGACAAUGCUGAACGAUUCAGUAGGAAUCGUGCUUUGCUGGGCCUCCCUGGGUUUACAUCUGGGAAGCAUUACUGGGAGGUGGAGUUCGGAGACCAGAGGGAGUGGGCAGUGGGGGUGGCCUUAGAGCGUGUGGCCAGGAAGGUCCAUCUCAAGCUUGUUCCAGAGGAGGGGAUUUGGCAAGAGGGCCUCUGGUGGUUUCUGGCACUAGAAAAUCGUUCCCAAACAGUUCCCGUACGCCCUGGGAUCAUUGGGGUAUUUUUGAAUUAUGAAGCAGGUAAAGUGACUUUUUACAUAGAGGGGAAAGUGAUUCCGAAAAGAGCCUCUUUCAACGGGCAGAAAGUGGUUCCUUUCUUCUAUGUGGGUAGACAUCAGCAUCUCAAAUUAAAGCAGUGA